UAAAUGUGAAACUUUGGGCUAUUGAUCGGCAAUGUUUCCAAACAAUAAUGAUGAGGACUGGCCUUAUCAAGCAUACAGAGUAUAUGGAAUUUUUAAAAAGUGUACCAACAUUCCAGAGCCUCCCUGAAGAGAUACUCAGUAAGCUUGCUGAUGUCCUUGAAGAGACACACUAUGAAAAUGGAGAGUACAUUAUCAGACAAGGUGCUCGAGGGGACACAUUCUUCAUAAUCAGCAAAGGCAAGGUAAAUGUUACUCGUGAAGAUUCAGCUGGCGAAGAGCCCAUCUUUCUCCGCACCUUAGGAAAAGGAGAUUGGUUUGGAGAAAAAGCACUCCAGGGGGAAGAUGUCAGGACAGCCAAUGUUAUUGCUGCUGAAGCUGUUACAUGUCUUGUCAUCGACAGAGACUCUUUCAAACAUUUGAUUGGAGGUCUGGAUGAUGUUUCCAAUAAAGCAUAUGAAGAUGCUGAAGCAAAAGCAAAAUAUGAAGCCGAAGCUGCCUUCUUUGCCAAUCUGAAACUGUCUGACUUCAACAUCAUUGACACUCUUGGAGUUGGAGGUUUUGGAAGAGUUGAGCUGGUCCAGUUGAAAAGUGAUGAAUCAAAAACAUUUGCAAUGAAGAUCCUAAAGAAACGCCACAUCGUGGACACAAGACAGCAAGAGCACAUACGCUCAGAGAAGCAGAUAAUGCAAGGAGCUCAUUCAGACUUUAUUGUGAGGUUAUACAGGACAUUCAAGGAUAGCAAAUAUUUAUAUAUGUUGAUGGAAGCCUGUUUAGGUGGAGAGCUUUGGACAAUUCUCAGGGACAGAGGUUCAUUUGAAGAUUCUACAACCAGAUUUUAUACAGCAUGUGUGGUAGAAGCUUUUGCCUACUUGCAUUCCAAAGGAAUCAUUUAUAGGGACCUCAAGCCAGAAAACCUCAUCCUAGAUCAUCGAGGUUAUGCCAAACUGGUUGAUUUUGGCUUUGCAAAAAAAAUAGGCUUUGGAAAAAAAACAUGGACUUUUUGUGGAACUCCAGAGUACGUAGCCCCAGAGAUCAUCCUGAAUAAAGGUCAUGACAUUUCAGCAGACUAUUGGUCACUGGGAAUCUUAAUGUAUGAGCUUCUGACUGGCAGUCCACCAUUCUCAGGCCCAGACCCCAUGAAAACAUACAACAUCAUACUAAGGGGGAUUGACAUGAUUGAAUUUCCAAAGAAGAUUGCCAAAAAUGCUGCUAACCUAAUUAAAAAACUAUGCAGGGACAACCCAUCGGAAAGAUUAGGUAACUUGAAAAAUGGAGUCAAGGAUAUUCAAAAGCACAAGUGGUUUGAAGGCUUUAACUGGGAAGGUUUAAGAAAAGGUACGCUGACACCUCCUAUAAUACCAAGUAUACUUCACCGGCAGUACCAGCAGGUUGCAUCGCCAACAGAUACAAGCAAUUUUGAUAGCUUCCCUGAGGACAAUGAUGAACCACCACCUGAUGACAACUCAGGAUGGGAUAUAGACUUUUAAUGUAUUUCUCUACCUGCUUCUGCCUUGCUGAAGACAGCUUCCUAAGACAUGGCUGCCAGCAGACCUGAAGGAAUUGGGAAGGAUUAGUGCUCGGGGUCACCAUGAUGCCUUGAUUGAUGCUGCUACAGUAACUACAGUGGCAUUAGGACUUCUUGCUUAGAUGAUAAUAGUGCUCUUCACAUGUUUUCUGUUUGAACUUAACAUAGCAGUUGACAUGGUGGUCCUGAAGCAAAGCCUUUUUCAUCGGUAAUUAAAUGUGUUUUCUAUCACUGUAAUGAACUUGCUAUGCUCCCGUUGUAAUUUGAAAGUUGGUAGAAUACGAUGCACAUCGUUCUAACAGCAAGACCAUUUUCUUUACUGCUAAUUCUAUUCUAGAGUGUUAAGUACUGUAGCUUAUUCUACCCAGUAGAGGCUACAGUAUGGAAACUGGGGUACUCCCCAACUGCAAAAUGAGCGUAUUGAGCCUUUUAAAGUAGGCCAACAUAUUAAACCAAGGAGGACCAUUGAGCUAGAUCAAGGAGCUCGUGUCAAAGCAAUGCUACAUGUUGUCUUUCUUUUUAGGCCGUAUUCAUGACAAGAAUGAAUGUUACCUUCUUCCAUUUUUUUAAAAAAAAUUCUGAUGUGCUUUUACCCCUUCAACUGAAAACAAAAGCACAACUGCUACAGUUUCUGUUGAACUGUUAAAGCAAGUCUGGGUCGGCCAGUUCUCACAUGUACCUGAGAACAAGAUUUAUCUAACAUUUAAUUUUGUUGGUACAGCUACAUAAGAGCAUGUAGAAAGUUAUUUGUAAAACUAUUCAUUUUACACAUAUAUAUUAAUGAUAUGUAAAGAAAAAAAUAUGUUUGUCAAAAAGGUCCUAGAUAGGAAAUGACAGCAGCCAACUGGUCUAAUAGGCAUUAACACUGAGUUUAAAAAAUAAUAUUUAUCUUUCAAAGCCCAAUGAGGGAACAUGCAAGAUUCACUGCAUAUUAUAUAGGUGCUAUGUACAUUUUUCAUCUGCAACAUAAUCAUACAUCCAAUGUCAUUUUUCAGGAAAAAAUGUAGCAAGAGAUAUUGUCAACUAAAAUCCAAAUGCACACCUCCUCUCUCUCUCUCUCUCUCUCUCUCACACACACACACACAAACACACACUCCUUCACAGCAUUGCUGCCAUUUUGUUUUUCUUCUUUUUUACAGACCCUCUUCAUAACAUUGUUAUCUGACUAUAAAUUUCUUUCAAAAAUUAAGUAUAUCAACUCUCUCUGUAAAAGUGUCAAUCAACUUAAAAUAAGGGGUGCAAUGUAAGUGAGACUUAGCCCUUCAAAAUCCCAGUUCAUUGCAAAGGGAAAAUUAAGCACAUGCUUAAAUAUACCCUAUUGAAAUCAAUGGUCCACUGUUGGUAAACCAUACCCAUUAGGCAUGUGUCUUCCAACAUACUGUUUGCACUACUUUGACAAUAAUAGAUCAUAAAAAUGUGAAGCAAUGGCAGCAAUCUCAGUGAAGGGUUCCAUACCUACCAUCAACUGCCCAUUUCCAAUAUAGUUACACCUUACACAAACUAUAAAAAAUAACCAUAUUGUAUAUAUUAAAUCUUUUUAUUAGCUCAACAAAAAUACCAAACAACCCAUGCUUCCAAUAUGUUGUCACAUAAUAUUCAAUGCCACUGACAGUGAUCCCAUCUGUCUAGUCCUUCAUCAUUCUCAUUAUGUUCAAAAACAUGAUUACUAAAAAGUCACAACCUUCUCAUUCUUUUGAACCCAACAAAAGCAAGUUUCAUCCCUAGUUUUCCCCUUUACAAUUUAGACCUAUUGAAUUCAAAGUUCUCCUGGCUUCUGCUUCCUUGCUAUUUGUUUGGCCUCUUCCAGUAUCUGAGCUUUUAAUGGGUGGAAUCCAGAGUUAGGGUGUGAUUAGAUAGAGAUAUAACUUGUGUUUUGGACGAUUUGCGGCACAGUCCAGCCCAAGCUGCUUUCUGGCGAUCAGAGGAUAUACAAGAAAUCAUGAAGUAGCCCAACACUGCUCUGUGCCCGGUCCAGAUCCAGAUCUCCUCUUUUUUGGAGCUGGGCUGAAGAGAUUCCUAUAUGCAUGGAAAAGUCGUUUCAAGGGAGAUCACUGCUAGCAAAGGGAUCUUUUUCAGGAUGGUCAUCCCCAAUUCUAUAUUGCUGCCAGAUCACACCCAUAGUUGCACAUAGGUGACAAUCCUCUAAUACUUACCUGAGAAUAAGUCCCAUAGAACCCAAUGUGGUUUAAUGCGAGAUAGUCAUUUGUACCUGUAGUUCCGAACCUUGGGUCCUCAGAUGUUCUUGUCGACAACUCCCAGAAAUCUGCUUCUAGUGCUGAAGACUUCUGGGUAGUUAG